CUCUCUCAGGUGAGUCACCUGGGUCAUGUCGUCGACCGCUCAGGGUUUUGUCGACAUCAGUCUCUUGUGAAAGUUUCGAAGCUGUGACGGAUCCGAUCUGGCUGGAGAGUUUUGCGCCAGUUUUGAAGCGUUUCUGGGUGCACAAAAGGAAGUCGGGAGCCAUUUUCGGGAUUUUGAUUUGUGGCGAGACGCAAAGUGUUGUUUUGCCCAUUGGCGGCCUGAACACACCUGGAAGAAGUUGACUUUUAAAACCAAUACGCCGCAUUUUUAUUCUCUGCUGACUUUACUAACGUUAUAGGUGAUUUUGGUUUUAUUUUGUUUCAGCCUAAAUAUUCACUGGAUUUAAAAAAAAUGAAUUCACUCCUUAAAGGACAAUUAGGGUCUGCGCUCCUGGUCCUGGUGUUGCUGCUGGACUCCAUCUGCGGCCAGCUGACUGGAGAGGAAUGCCUGGCCCAGUUUAAGAAAGGCCGGGACGAUUUUAUUCUCGAUGCCGACGAGUCGGUGAAAGACGGAGCGACGUUCAUCUCGUCGCCGAAACUGGACCGAUACAAGGACUGCGUGAGCGCCUGCUGCAAAGAGCCGAAGUGCAAUGUCGCCUUCAUGGAGAGGGGGGCCGAGGAAGGCUUGGUCAACUCCUGCUUUCUCUUCGACUGCUUGUACAAAAAGAAAUACGUGUGCCGCUUUGUCAGGAAGAAGGGCUACAUGAAUUACAUCCUGGACUCCGUUUAUGAGAGCUAUCUUAGCGUGGAUGCUCCCCCAAAUGAAUCCGACCGUCCACCGGUGGCCAAUGGAGGCCAGGACCUGGUGGUCCAGCCUCAGGACACCGUGACACUGAACGGCAUAGGGAGCAAAGAUGACAAGGGGAUCGUGUCCUACCAGUGGCAAAUGCUCACCGUAUAUCCUUACGCUGUCACUGAGAAAACCAACUUUGACGACCAGAUCAUCGUGUCCAAUCUGACCUCUGGGGUGUACAAGUUCCAGCUGACCGUCACAGACACCAUCGGCCAGUCAGACUCGACCAAAGUCACCGUCCUAGUCCUCACACCUGAGCAGUCUGAGCACCACUGUAUGGCUCCAAAGAAGAUCGGGCCGUGUCGCGGCUCCUUUCCUCGCUGGCAUUACAAUGCUGCCUCCAAGAAGUGCGAGAAGUUCAUAUUUGGGGGCUGCAGGGAGAAUCUCAACAACUAUCUAUCCAUGGAAGAGUGCACCAGCGCCUGCUCUGGCUCAGCAGAAAAUAGUGUUAAAUCUGGUAGAGGUUUGCCAGUUCCCACACCUCAAGGAGAAAAAUGCGACGCUCCGUGCACCACGGGGCAAUUCACCUGCGCGAACGGCUGCUGUUUGGACCCGGGCCUGGAGUGUGACUCAACCCCACAGUGCUCCGAUGGCUCAGAUGAGCAGAAAUGCAAAGACUUGGACAAAGAGUUUAAUAUACUGCUGCAGAUUCCAGUGGAUGAACAAAAAGUGCGCUGCACAGAGGUUCCAGACACCGGCAGCUGCAGGGACAGUCUCACCAAGUGGUACUACAGCCCCAACCAGGAGGACUGCUUCCGCUUCAACUACGGGGGCUGCCAAGGAAAUGAGAACAGAUUUGACACUCGCGAGUCCUGUGUGAACUUUUGCCGUGGGGUAUCAGAAAAGGACGUGUUUGCAAGAAACGGGCAAUAUGAAGGCAGAGUGUCCGAAAGCAACACAGGUGUUAUUGCGAUAGCUGUCCUCCUGGGUGUAGCUAUCGUCAUCCUGCUUGGCAUCCUGGGGUACUGCUUCCUCAAGGGAAAGAAGAAGUCCUCACAACACCAACGUGUGCCCGUCAACACAGUCCCGGUCAACUUGGAGGACAGAGAGCGUCUGGUCUACAACAGCACCACCAAGCCCAUAUGACCCCUCAGCCCUCACCUUUGACCCCCGUCCUGGUGGCAAAUGACAGAGCUGUGUCGUACCACUGAACAAACUCUGAUUGAUGAGAGCGGAAUCAAUGUCCGUUGGCUGCGUUUGAAUGCUGGAGGGGGCUUUGUCUUUGCUCUGUCCUGAUUUGGACGCAUUUUGUAAGGGUGGUGUACGCAGAAGGCGGAGCGUCUUCAGUGAUGAAAUGUGAUGUCUCAUGAUUUGACUUUUUGCUUGUUUUUAAUGCAGUGCCUUGUUAAAAUGAGUUGUUGGAUAUCAGUUUGUACUCAGGUUAAAAAGGGAAGGAUAUUCGCUGGAGCCGAGGUAGACGACCGCUGGCUAUCCCGCGAGACCAGAUUCAUAAACGUGUUCUGCUUUGUUGGACUCACUCCCAUUAACCGAUCUGAUGUUUGUCAGUGAACAGCUGUUAUUGAAACAAAGCCAGUUUUAAUGUCAGACUCCUAAUUGUCAGUAGGUCCACAUUGUUCUGUUACUUCAAAGGAAGAGUCAAGACUCCCUUGUGUUGUCUUAAGACUGAGCUCUGGGACGUUUCAUUUAUGGUUUGUAAUGUUAUGGUGAUCCCUUAAACUUUCUGAAGUCCUGCCACGCCUGCUUCUUCACUCUGCUAGAUUUGUUUUUAUCUUGUUAAUACUGCAUUGUUACAGUGGAUUACACAUACAUGCGUAGUGUUGUACAUAAUCUUAGAAUUUUACACAAGAAGGUUAUUUUGUCAGUGAAUUUUCAAAAAUAUUUUAUAACAAGCAUAAUGCAUACUUUAAAUAAUGCUCAUUCAUACACUAUAAAGCAGCCUUGUUGUUGAAUAUUCAACAUUUUAAAGUUUGUACAUAUGACCUGAUAUAGGUUUCUGUAACUUUGGCAGUAUCAUGAUGUUUAUACUCAAUAAAAAUAUUAAGAGGU